AUGGUCAUCUUUUCUUCAAAUAAAUCUCUCCAUCUCGCCAUAGAACUAUUAAAUACUGCUCUCAAAGAUCUAAAAACUAUAUUAUCUAAUGUAUCUCUGGAAAUCGCACCUGAGAAAUGUAAAUCAGUCAUUUUCACUCGGCGCAGAUAUUCUGAUCCACGUAACAUAUACCUAAAUGAUUUCCUUGUCCCUUUUGCUACUACCGUAACCUAUUUAGGUAUUACCCUCGACACCAAAUUGCGUUGGAUACCUCAUAUAAUUUCACUUUCUUCCUUCACAUCCCGUUGUUCAAACUUCCUCAGGACCGUAUCUAAUACCUGGUGGGGAUCUCAUCCUUCUAGCUUGCUAUCCAUUUAUCGCUCAAUCAUACGUUCCAAAUUGGACUAUGGUUGCUUUCUUUUUGGCUUGGCAGCCUACUCCAACUGGAAAAAAAUUAACAUGCUCCAAUCGUCUUGUCUUAGAACUAUAAUGGGAUAUGUAAGGUCUACCCCUGGUCCGGCGAUAGAAGUUGAAACCAUCUGUCCUCCUUUUAAUAUCAGGUGUCGAUGGCUCGCAGGAAAAUUCAUUUUAAAAUCUUUAGCUCUUUCCAACCACAAUAUAUUCGAUACCUUUUUUUCUCUAUAUAUCACUUGGCGUUAUACUUCCAAAUCAAUGCCUGUCUUAUCAAUUGCUGCUAACUCUCUCGCCAAUUUUCACCAAUAUGUCUUAAAUUCCUUUAAACUUCCACUCUAUGAUCAACCUUAUGAAUCUCUCCUUUGUACCCCCUUAGUUCAAAUCGACAAUUUUUCUAAUUUUUCCAACACUGAGCUUAAAUCUAUGUCUUCUUCUUUUGUCAACAAACUCUUUUCUAAUUUCCUCAACCAAAAUUACCCUAAUUUCACUAUCAUCUACACCGAUGGUUCAGUCUCUCCUGUGUCAGCUGGCUAUUCCUUCUAUAUUCCUGAACUUCAUAUUACGUUCUCUAACAAUCUCCCUUCAUCGUCCUCCUCUUUCUCUGCUGAAUGUUUUUCUAUUCUCGAAGCCCUUCUAUUCAUUUCAGAUUUAGCCCCUAAUAAUUAUUUAAUUGCUUCUGACUCCAUGUCCUGCUUACAAUCUCUCAUAUCUAAUCCAUUUAAUUCCAAAUUAUCCCCUCUUGUUUUUCAAAUUAAAUCAUCUAUACAUAUUCUCAAGCAGUCUAAUCACCAUAUUCAAUUUUUAUGGAUCCCUAGCCACAUUGGCAUACACGGGAAUGAAACGGCAGACGGGCUCGCCAAAACUGCCUCCAAUACUAUCCUUCCUCCUCUUGCGCAAUUACCUUGGUCUGAUUUUUCCCCUCUACUAAGAAGUCACAUCACCAGUCUUUGGUCUAACUGUUGGAAUAAUCUGCCAGCCCACUUUGCUUCUAAAUACAAAAACAUUGUUCCUAAUGUAUCUAAUAAAAAAACUUGGUUUUAUAAUCUUGAUUUACCAAGGUCUACCAUAAUCCGCUUUAACCGACUCCGUGUGAGCCACUCGCUUCUUCCAGUACAUGCAUAUAAACUUGGUCUUGACGAUUCUCCACUUUGUACCCUACACUCAAUUGAAAGCGUUUGUGACAUCUCUCACUUAUUGUUCGACUGUCCCUCAUUAUUUACCAAGCGUACGUUCUUGUUUAAUUAUAUUAAAUCCCUUAACAUUCCACCCACUCUCCCUUAUAUACUAAAUACUAAGACUGAAAUGGUCAUUAAAAAAUUAAUUAACUUUUUUUUGGAAGCUGGUUUUGCUAUUUAA